CAAAUUUGUCAUCACAUUUAUAAACAAAGAAAUAUGGCGACUGCCUAAACUUAAAUUGGUUGUAAGUGUAUAUAAAAAAAAGAAGUCCCAAAAUCUGGCCAGUGCUGAGGUUGAGUCGGUGUCGGACGCUUCUGACAAGUUUUGCACUGAAAAUGUGGAACCACAGUCACCCUCUCUGUUGUGCCAAGGCCUUGCUUGUGAUCGGCGUGAUAUGUGUGCUCUCAUUUGGCAUAGGAAAUGCCGUCCACAUCCCAACAUAUGGCAGCAGUGAAGGUGAGACGCGGCCGACCGACUCGUUGGCCACGCUGCCAGGCGAGUUAAAGUUUGCGCAUGUGAUAUUUCGACACGGGGACCGAACGCCUGUGGACCCAUAUCCGACGGAUCCUUGGAAUAAUAGAAAGUUUUGGCCCACAGGUUGGGGCCAAUUGACCAAUCUGGGCAAAGAACAACACUACGAGCUGGGCAAAUGGCUGCGAAAUCGAUACAAAUCGUUGCUGAGCUCGAGAUAUAAAAACGAGGACAUCUUUGUUCAGUCCACUGAUGUUGAUCGUGCCUUGAUGAGCGCGCAAUCAGAUCUUGCUGGGUUGUACGAGCCUCAAGGCGAUGACAUAUGGAAUCCGCACAUAGAUUGGCAGCCUGUGCCUGUGCACACUGUGCCCGAGAAUGAAGAUUCCAUAUUGGCCGCGAAGGCUUCAUGCCCGGCAUACGAUUAUGAGUUGGCCACGCUAGAAGCCUCGUCAGAGUUCCAGACUCUGUACGUACGAUAUCGCGAGCUCUUUUCCUACUUGAGCCAGAACAGUGGACGCCUAGUAAAGUCCUUUAUAGAUGCCCAGUACUUGAAUAACACGCUGUACAUUGAGAGGCUGUACAACCUUACACUGCCAGUGUGGGCGGAGAAGGUCUAUGGCAGAGAGGACCUCACCUACGUGGCUAAUUUUGCCUUCUCCAUUGCCACGUUCACGCGCAGGAUGGCGAGAUUUAAAACGGGUCCUCUGCUAAAGGAUAUCUUCGAGAGGUUUGACAAAAAAUUCAACCGUCAACUGACGCCUGAUCGUUCGUUGUGGAUCUAUAGUGCCCAUGACACAACGAUUGCCAAUGUUUUGAACUCUCUCAAAUUAUUUGAGCUGCAUAGUCCGCCAUACGCAGCAUGCGUUAUGCUGGAGAUGCGCGUGGAUGAUAACAACACUCCCUUUGUGUCUGUGUUCUAUAAGAACACAACAGCGGAGCCUCUUCCCCUGAACAUACCCGGCUGUGGCCUGUCUUGCCCACUGAAAACUCUAGUCAAUCUCUACCAGGACGUUCUUCCAGGGAAUUGGGAGCGUGAAUGCAAGCGAUCAACCAUGAUGAUGACCUAUGAGGAGGCCAACUUGGGUGCGGCGACAGGCAUUCUCAUAUUCAUCAUUACGGUUCUGCUAUGUUGCAGCUAUGGCCUCAUGAUCUACUACCGUCGCCGCAAUUACAAUCUGUAUACCUCGUAUUCCCAAAUGGCAUAGUAAAGGAGCGAUCCAUGUUAUAUUUUACCUCGGAUUUAAGAGCUGCUUUCCUGUUGCGCUCUCUUGCCACUCUGGUGUGAUUUUUGUUAUAUGUGAAUAGUAUUUUUGUUCUGUUUCUCAAAUCGCUUUAAUCGUGUUGCUUCUCAGUUAUAAUGUGCAUUUAAACAGCCAAUUAGCCGAUCAUCUUGGAAUGAUGAGAACCUUAAUUUUGGCAUUAAGGAUUGAGGGAUAACAUACUCGUAACUGCCAGCUGAUGGCUCGUUGUUAUUCAGUGGAUUAGUAAAAUGGAAAAAAAAAAAAAAAAAGACUGUGAAAUGGCGAUCUUGAAGUUGCAUACAUAUGUAUAUACAUACAUAAAUGCAUACAUACAUACAUACAUACAUACUUACAUAUUUAUACACAUGUACAUUUUGAUAAAAACGUUAUCUUGAAAUGAAAGACAGAUAUUUACUGUAUUAUAAACAACGCUCAAAAA